GUUUGUUUAUGCUUAUGGAAACUAUAAGCCGUGUGAGGUCCACCACACGGACCAAACUAAAAGCUAAAUAAAAUCCAAAGUCCACCUACCAUUUUUUCCAUCUGCAAAAAAAUUUCUUGGCUCAGAUUUCUGGUUUUGCAACUUGAUCUCUAAUUCUGAAGAAAAUAAUGGCUGCAGAAUUGGUGGGUGGAGCUUUUCUGUCUGCUACCCUUCAAGUGUUGUUUGAUAAGCUGUCUACUCGUGAGGUGGUGGACUACCUGCGACCAAAAAGACUCUGUCAUGGUCAUGAUCAUGAUCAUGUUCAUCAGCUCAUCAACAAUUUGAAGACAGUACUAUCAGCUGUUAAGGCAGUGCUCAAUGAUGCUGAGGAGAAGCAGAUGGCAAACCCGGAUGUGAAGCAGUGGCUGGAUGAGCUGGAAGAUGCUUUCUAUGAUGCAGAUGAUCUCUUGGAUGAGAUUGCAACCGAUCAUGCUUUGCUACAAUAUUCAAACUUUGAAUCAUCUGGAUCACCAAAAAUGUUGUUGUCCAACACAAGUAAGUUUCUCAAUUUCCUUUCAACUUCUCUCAAUUUAAAUGAUCGAGAUAGGAAACAGAAAAAGAUGGAGGAUAUUCUUAAAAGGUUGAAAUUUCUUGAAGAGCGAAUAUAUGUCCUCGGUCUUGUUAAGGCUGUUGGGAAUAAACAAACACCAAGACCAGCAACGACUUCUUUGAUAGACGAAUCCGAGGUCUAUGGUAGAGAUGAGGAUAAGGAUGAUAUAAUCAAGUUGUUGCUAAAAGAUGACGAGGGCGGCAAUAAAGUGUCUGUGAUUCCAAUAGUAGGCAUGGGUGGUGUUGGCAAGACCACACUUGCUCAAUCAGUAUACAAUGAUCAUAGAGUUGAGAAGCACUUUAAGCUCAAAUCAUGGGUUUGUGUCUCUGAGGAGUUUGAUAUUUGUAAAGUAACAAAAACAAUCCUCUGUUCAAUAACCAAGUCUCAUUAUCAUUUUUAUGAUAGCACAAAUUUGGAUAUGCUUCAAUCCAUGUUGAAAGAGAGGCUAAUGGGAAAGAAGUUCUUAAUUGUUUUAGACGAUGUGUGGAAUAAAAAUUAUGUGAAUUGGGAGAACAUGAGUAAACCUUUUAAAUAUGGGGCUAAAGGAAGCAAGAUUCUUGUAACAACGCGCAGUAAGAUUGUUGCGCAGAUAAUGUGCACUGUUCCAAAUCAUUAUCUUGGGCAGUUAAAUGAUGAAGAUUGCUGGAAACUUUUUGGAAAGCAUGCAUUUGAGAAUGGAGAUUUUAGUUCACGUUCAAACCUGGAAACGAUCGGUAGAAAAAUUGUCGAAAAAUGCAAGGGCUUGCCUUUAGCUGCAAAAACACUUGGAGGCCUCUUGCGCACCAAAGUAGAAGUUAGAGAAUGGGAAAGAAUACUAGAUAGUAAGAUUUGGGAUUUGUCAGAUAAUGAGAGCAAUAUUCUACCCGCUUUAAGGUUAAGUUACAACCAUCUGCCUUCACACCUAAAGCGAUGUUUUGCUUUUUGUUCAAUAUUUCCCAAAGACUAUAAAUUUAGAAAGCACCAAUUGGUCUUGUUGUGGAUGGCAGAGAAUCUUUUGCAGCCACCAAAGCGAAAUAAAAGAAUGGAAGAUGCAGGAGAUGAAUAUUUUAAUGAGUUAGCAUCUUGUUCGUUUUUUCAAACAUCAAGUAGUGCAGAAGAAGAAUCUUGCUUUGUCAUGCAUGACCUUGUGCAUGAUUUAGCCAAAUAUGUAUCCAAGGAUUUUUGCUUAGCAUUAGAAGGUGACAACUUGGAUGAAAUUGCAACGAAGGUGCGUCAUCUAGCUAUUGUAGAGCCUAUUUUUAUUAAGAGAUUCAGUUCCAUUUCCAAAACAACUUGUUUGCGUACCAUUUUACCAUCAUCUGAAUGGUCGUUUAACCUCUUAUCUAACAAAGUGGUGAAUGAUGUAAUCUUGAAGUUGAGGUGUUUGAGAGUAUUGUCGUUGUCUACAUGCAAAAAUCUGAAGAAGUUGCCUGAAUCAAUUGGUGAGCUGAAGCAUCUUCGCUACCUUGACCUCUCUGGCACUUUGAUCAAGAUAUUGCCAAAAUCUGUGAGCAUGUUGCAUAAUUUACAAACAUUAAACUUGUCAAAUUGCAAAAAUCUCAUUGAGCUGCCUGAACAUAUGCAUAAUCUCAUUAACUUGCGACAUCUUGAUAUUCGGUACUGCAACAAACUGGUAGAUAUGCCAAAACAAAUUGGUAAAUUGAAAAGUCUCCAGACAUUGAGUACUUUUCUUGUUGGAAAAGAUAAUGAAACCAAAAUAGGAGAGUUGAGGGAGCUUCAAAAUCUUCAAGGAGAACUUACCAUCAAGAAUUUACAAAAUGUUGUAAGUGCCAAGGAUGCUUCAGAAGCUAACUUGGUGGACAAGAAGUACCUUGAAGUGUUGCAUUUGUUUUGGGAAGGCGAUACCAAUGAUUCAAAACAUGACAGAGAAGUACUAGAAAAGCUAUUGCCCCAUACAAACUUAAAAAGGCUUUGCAUUAAUGGAUAUGGAGGUACAACAUUCCCAAACUGGUUGGGGGAUCAUUCAUUCUGUAUCAUACAAUUUAUAGAGCUUGGAAAUUGUAGAUAUUGCAAUUGUUUGCCACCAGUUGGACAGCUACCUUCCCUCAAAACUCUAUAUAUUCAUGAUCUUAGUGGAGUGGUGACUGUGGGCACCGAGUUUUAUGGAACUAAUGGUUCUUCUAUGAGAAAGGCAUUCGCAUCACUGGAAUGUUUAAGUCUCAUUAAUAUGUCAACAUUGGAAGAAUGGUCUUCAAUUGAAGUUGAAGAUGGUGAAGUUUUCUCUAAGCUCCAAGCGCUCGAAAUAAGUAAUUGUGAUAGGCUAAGGACGAUCAAUGUGCUUCACAACCUUCCAUCCUUAACAAAGCUUAAAAUUGUUGGGUGUCAGAAGCUUGCCCCGUCGCUUCCAUGGCUUCCAGCUCUCCGUCAUUUGGAGUUAAGCUCAGGCGAAAUUCUACACAUGCAGGAACUGCCACAAACUGUGGAAUCAAUUGUACUUGGCGGAUUUCUUGCUCUAAAAUUUUUGAUAAGGGCAUUUACAAGCCAAACUUAUUGUCAUCUCCAGCGUCUAAAUAUUUUCAAUUUCAUUGUUCCAGUUACAUUUCCAAUUGGAUGUCUGCCCCCUACACUCAGAGAACUUAAUAUUCAUAGUCAUGACCAAUUAGAAUUCCCAGCUCACGAUUCACUGGCGGCAUCCCUUGAGAGGCUUAGCAUAUUUAAUUUGUCACUUGAAUCGUAUCCCCUGGAUUUCUUUUCCAACCUUAACGACCUCAAUAUCUAUGGGUGUGUAGAACUAGAAUCCCUCACAGUCUCAGAUGGGCUUCUACGCAAGGACCUAACAUCUCUAACAAAUCUGCGAAUCUCUUCCUGCCACAAAUUCAUGUCUUUCCCUGAAGGCGGAUUGCACGCCACCAAUCUGAGCAGUCUUGAAGUUUCAGGCUGCAAGAAAUUAAAGAAGCUUCCUGAGCAAAUGUGUAACCUCCUCCCGUCUCUCGAAUUCCUGCAUAUGAAUGAUUGUCCAGAGUUGGAGUCAUUUCCUGAAGGCGGUCUACCCUCUAAACUAGGUACACUUUCUGUUUGGAACUGCUGUAAACUCACUGCAAACAGAAUGAAGUGGAGUUUGCAAUCACUCCAAGCUCUUACGUACUUUCAAAUCCUAGACGAAGGAGAAGGAGGAGUUGUGGAAUCUUUUCCGGACGUCGGGUUGCUUCCUUCCACUCUAACAGCUCUUGACAUCAUGGGACUUGCAAUUCUUAAGAGUCUGAACAUAAAGGGGCUUCAACAACUAACCUCUCUCAAACUUCUAAACAUCAGGUCCUGUCCUCAAUUGCAAAAGUUGGCAGAACAAGGCUUGCCUACCUCUCUUGUUUCCUUAAGUAUCAGUGGAUGUCCUAACAUUCAGAAAGAAGGGUUGCAGAGGGAUAAAGAGGAAGACUGGAACAACAUUUCUUACAUCCCCCACAUUGUAAUAGAUGAUGAGCCCAUUUGAUCAUGAUUUAUGAGCAUCAUAAGCAGGGAAUUUCAAAUGUCGAUGAGGAUUUCACAAACAGAGCUCCUCUGGUCCUGCAUCCAGUUUUGCCUAGGGUCAUGGGUUUGCAGAGUUGUCUUGUGGUUGUGGGAGCCUAAUUUCCUGUUCGUUUUUAUAUUAUGCCAAUGCCAAUCCAUGUCAUUUUUCUUCUAAUGUAUAUUAAUCUAGUAAUAUGUGCUUUUUUUUUUUUUUUUUUUUUUGGUAAAUAUGGUAAUUUGUCUACUAAUUUUACAUAAACCUUGUAAAAAUUAUGCAAUUCUGGUGAGGUUUAUUCCUUCCCCACAGGAAUGUGUAGCAACACUAUAUGAACCAUAUAUUU